UCCUCCUCGCAUUUCAUUACUGGCCAACGCAAACACCGUUCGCGCGCAGAGGAAGGCCGUCCAUUGGCGAGCCGCGCCGCGCCGUCCUCAAGUCAGGAGAUCGAGUCGCAGCUGGAACCGCGAGGCUGAUUCACGGAGGGAAGAGAAACGGGGACCGAGCCGUCGCCGAGGACUCCGGAAAGCCCGACACGUCCCGCUCAGCCAUGAAAGGAGAGCAUUUAUUUGCCAGCGGUGCUCCAUUCUUCCAGCGGGUCUACCUCCUUGGAGGAGAGGAGCUAGUGGUCCUGCAGUCCACCGUAGGAGAAACCUCACUGGGAGACAGUUUCCAUCAGAUCACUGAUUUCAAUGACCUCCCUACCUCCCUCUUUGCCUGCAAUGUGGACCAGUCUGUGUUUGAGGAGCAGGAGGGCAAGGAAAUGUUCGAGGCGCUGUUCCUCGCAUACGAUGACUGUGUGACGUUCCAGCUGUUCAAGAGCUUCCGGCGCGUACGCAUCAACUUCAGCAACCCCAAAGCAGCAGCCAGUGCCAGGAUAGAGCUGCAUGAAACUCCCUUCAGGGGAAAGAAGCUGAAACUCUACUUUGCCCAGGUGCAGAAUCCAGUGUCUGACGGGGACAACCUGCACCUUGCCCCUCCGCAGCCCUCCAAACAGUUCCUUAUCUCGCCUCCUGGCUCACCGCCUGUUGGCUGGCAACAGAUUGACGAAGCCACACCGGUCAUCAACUAUGACCUGCUGUACGCUGUAGCCAAGCUGGGACCAGGAGAGAAAUUUGAACUGCACGCCGGUACAGAGUCCACACCCAGCGUGGUGGUCCAUGUGUGCGACAGUGACACUGAGGAAGAGGAGGAACCAAAGAAUUGCUCCAAACCAAAAAUCAUCCAGACCCGACGCCCGGACCUGCCCGUCUCGCAUUGACCUGUCCAGCUCGUUGUCCUCUGGCCUCGAAACCCAGAAGAUCUGUUGCCCCCCGCCCCCGUAUACCUUCUUAGGCACCGCACUCUGCAGCACCUGGCUCGUCACGCUAGCAGUGGACAGAGGCGCUUCCUUGUCCAUCCCUCAGUCACGCUCUCCAUGUGCACCAUGUGAACAAAUUUUAUAUUCCGUUGUCCGUUCUUCUCCAUAAGCGCGCGCGCGCGCGAUCUCUCUCUCUCUCUCUCUCUCUCUCUCGCCACCAACUACAUUGUCACCCUGGUCACUUGUCUCUGCUUUUUAGCUCUAAUUGGCUAACGGGGCGCACCGCAUGCCAGCGUUAGACGUGCCUGUUUGCUGUUAGCUGGGUAAGCUGCGGCUUUGCUCUUGCUCAUUAUCCGCGACCCCGCAGCACCGCCCCCAGCUGGCGAUAAGUAGUUUUGUUUUCAUGAGGGCAUGCUAACCGACUAAUGCGGCGGCAAACCAGCGUUGCAUGAGUCACAAGUAGCACCUGCGAAAAGUAUAUUAUACAAACGAAACCAGUUCCUCGUUUUAUAUUCCUGAAUGCUGUCUGUGUUGAACUGUCAUGUCGCCAUAAGUGCAGUCCACCCACACAGACCUUCUUCAUCAGGCCAGUGCAUGCUCUCUGCUCACGCUCUGUUUGUGUGAUUUCCUUUGGGGGGUGUGUGUGUGUGUGUGUGUAUCAGUCGAGUUCUGGCUCAUGUCUCUCAUCACUCGACAGUGUUUCUCACAGAAAACGAUGCUUUUUUCCAACGUUGAACUGAAACACGAACCCUGGAACCAUGCAACACCUUUCAGUGGAGAAACUGUGAUAUGACUUUUCUGUGAUUUCUCCUAAAUGUGAACCUUUCUUCUCUGUCUCGUCCCACCGAAGUGUAAAAAAACAAGCCAAUCCUGUCCCAUUUCAGGAAUCUGUAUAAUGCACGGUUACUUGUUUGCUGAGAUUAUUGUAUUUGUCCGGUCCCAUCCGACGCUUUCCGUUCUGUGUGUCUCCACGAGCAACUGCAAGUCAGAACACAACCAACGGAAUGAUGUGACACAAUUACACAUCACACGAAUCCUCCAAGUGCUAUUACAAAAAGGUGCGGGGCUGAUGAAGAGCUAUUGUUUCCUUAAUCAGCUCCUGUCUUUUUGGCGUGCCUAACUCGUUUGCAGGUCCUACAGAUCCUUCAUUAAAACAGAUGCCCUGCUGUAUGUAAACGAAGACACUAAAGCAUGUCCUUCAGCUCCUCUCAGUGUAUCAGCUAUUGUACAAAAGACACAGUGGACACAUCCUGCACCAUCAGUUAGAACUGUGGAGUUUCCUGUACCAUGAUAUACAGAAAGUAUACUGAAAUACACUAGUACGUUAUGUACUAGUAAGUACAUAAGACGUCAUUCGGCUACUACCACCCCGACUCCCCACCCCCAAAAUGCUGUAAAUUUUUCAUUUUCCAUGCCAGAAACUUGCUUUAAUAUGCUCAGACUUUUGGCUUGUGUAAUGAUGUUUGAAAGUCCUUUUCCCCGCAGCGCAUCAGCCCUGUGAUGUGCCAUUGUCGUAGUAACCGAUCGAAGCUCUUGUGUGAUGUAUUAAUGUCAUGAACGUGCUUUUCUAAACAAGCUUGAAGAAGCUCGCAGGCUCAAGUGUGUACUGUUCAGUGUUUAAGGAUGUAGCUUCAGUGUCCGUACACUCCAUAUAUCAUGACUCCCCGUACGUUCUCCCAAAAAUACUCUCCUCUGAGAUUCGAUACCGUGGGAUUAGGGAAGAAUCGAAUGGCAACAGAUUAAUGUGGUCUGCCUGUCAUUGUUUUUUAGUCCUCUAGUUGGUGAUAUGCAUGGCUUCAGUUAACUACAGUUCAGGAAACAGGGUACUCUCCGUUCUGCCACCGCAUUCCUAUCUGCAUUGUGACUCACAGUGUAUCUCUCUGCCUCAGGCUCAAUUAGAGUCUAUCUGACUAGCAAUGCAUGAUAUCGUUGCCUCCCAGACAAAGGGACCAAACCAUGUAGCAACAUAAAUCCCCAAACCAGAACAGUGAGAGAUGUUAAACCAUGUGUCUGUAUAGUAACAUUUAAUGUACAUUUACAUAACAUUCACACUGAGUAUUCAUUUCUGGUGCAAACACACCACUGGUCAGUCAUGUCUGUGUACUGGACAAAAGCAAUAUAACGAGACUGAUAUGACCUUAACGUUAAGAUGGCGCCCCCUGUUGUGCCCAUCUUGCACCAAUAAGUUCUUCCCAUACACUCCUACAAUCUACAAAUUCCAGCUCCAUGUACAGAGAUGACACCAGCUUACCUUGCUGUACGUUACUGAACAUUUCUGUGUGAUUCCAGCACUUUGUUAGUCACGUAACUGCACACUGUAUCCGUAAAAGGUCGAAUAUUCAAUUUUUAACAUUUCUUUCUGGACACAGUAUAUUAUCUUUGCUCUUUCGAAAGUCUGUUUGUUUGAUCAGGAGUUAGUGUAAAUGUUGUUGAGGAAACAAUAUCUGUAUUGUGUACUCAUGCAAGAUUAUCUGUGUUCUGGUCAUUUACAUGUCUGACCUGCCUGCCUACACAAAGAAGACAUAUCUGUAUAUAUCAAUACUAUUUUUACUGCAUUUUUGUAGAAAUAUUCAUGGUAGCCAUGUAUAAGUAGUCGAAAUGAUUCUUCGUUAGUAUUAAAAGAGUUUGGUUUUAA